AUGACCGCCCCGGAGGUUACGGGCCCACAAUAUAUCUCCUCACACUCUGCCGACGUCAUACUCAGCGACAUCCGGCCCAUUAAGCUGAAAGUGGAUGGUCUCCGCUCCAUCAAUGUCCUUCUUGACGAAUUCCUCUUCAACAUUCUCAAUACUGCCCGGUCGCUUUCGACGGACAAGCUGCGCGCGAGCCUGUUAAGCAUUCUCCCGACCAGCUUGGGCAAGGAAGCAUUACUCGAAGCGGAGGUCGAGCUACGAGCAUAUUGGGAAAGAACUCCCCGGCCAGGCCCGGGUGAAAGAGAGGACGAUGGCACAACGUUUAAUCUACAGUGGGCUUUCGAGCUACUCCGGCUCAAGUGCGAGGCAUAUUGCACAUUAAACGAGUCUGAUGAAGACUCCACUGCUGUCUCAAAACUCCAGGAACGGAUGUCGCAGCUAGGCGGGACUACUCCUCCAGCAUCCACACUCAUUGCCCCGGCUUCCCUAUAUCUGACGGCUAUUCUUGAAUCCGUAUGCGAACACAUCUUGUCCAAUGUUGGGAGGGUGGCCGCCCGCGAUAGCAGUCGUACGAGUGCUACAGUGCAAGAUGUGUUCGUUGCUCUAUGCGAGGACCACUCGAUCUACGAGCUCUUCAAGUCGAUGCGAGUUUAUCAACAGAUAGAACAACUAACGCAAACACCGAAGCCACGUCGCAGCAAGUCCUUCUCACGGAACGAGCGGUCAUCGCUGUCGCGCAACUCGCCGUCAAAUCAGGAGUUGGUGUCGUCAACAACUUCUGGCAGGGAGUCCUCGACCGGCCAUCGCUCCCGAAACUCCACUGAUAUCACCCCUACCACCACCAUGUCCCCCUCAGUUUCCUCCAACUCGCGCUCGUCCUUUGACAAGGCACGCAAGAAGUUCACUCGAAGCUCAAAUUCCAACGAAGAUGGGACGACCAACGGGCAUAAGCGAUCAGACUCGGUGUUGAGCGAAGACACGAAACAGACGUUGGCAGCGUACAAUUCUAACUCUGAUAGCCCUGAAGACUCUGCACUGGAGAAAGAGUUUGACAAUCUCAUGCGGUCUGGGUCGACAAUGAAAGUUUCGCUUACACCGGAUCGGCUAAAGACGAUGGAGGUAUACAAGCAAGAAAAAGGGAAAGGUGCUCGGCGCCCUGCCCCUGUGGAUACCAGCGCCUCGGUCGGCCCAUCAACAGUCAGCACGACUGCAACCCCUCGGGCGAAUGGCAGGAGGCCGUCGAUCCGACCUAAUGCGAUUGAAGAGGAUGAAGAGGAGGCUUCACAGCCGAAAUCAACUCCCACGCGCAAGAAUAAUAAUCCCUCUUCUUCUGCUCCCACUUCCAUCACCUCUCCGCCUCGCAAGUCGUCCAAAGCGACUCUUGCUGAGCCAAUGCCUGCGCCAACCCCUCAACGUCGACAGCCUGGAGGUGGAGGGCCUCGAGGGUUUGACACGGACUCAGGCUUCCCAGCCAAAACACGUCGAAUUCAGAAAAACCGCGAGUCCCUAGACUUGGACGACGUCAUGGCUGGCUCUGACGAUGAACUCGACGAUACUUCUGCUCCACCACUCCCACAAACACCAGCCAAGAGUAUGUCGGCAACGCCAUCAUCAACCCCUGGCAGGAUGCGAAGCCCAUCUGCCGUCUCCAAAUCAACCAGAGAGUUGAUGGACUUCCUCAAUGAGGGGCCUCCCGACGAGCCCCCCCGCACCCACAAACUAUCUGCUGCUGGGCGAGACAUGGUCGAGUUCUUGAAUCAAGGGCCACCCGAUUUUAGCAACGGCAUUACGUCAAGCAACGGGAUCAGCAGUGUAGAGAACGGGAAGAAGGGGUCGGGCAGGCUGCAACGAAUGAUGAGCAAACUGUCGAUGAGUACCUCGGAGCGGGGUAGAAGUCAGCCGUCAGAGGAUUUCGGGAGGAAGGCAAUGUCGCCAACGACACCGAUACGCACCACGGGACCAGGCCUGGCGCAUCAGACUUCCUACGGAAAUCUCGCCAAUCGACCCAUUCCCCCUCGGCCUCCACCAGUCCAGCCAAUUUCGCCACCCGCGAGCGAAGGGGAGGAUGAGUUCAAUUCCGUUCGGGCGAGAAAACAAUCCGCACCAACAACACCCAGGAGGGAGAAUGGGACUACUCCAAUUAAGACGAACGGAUACACCUCUGGCGGGGAGGACUUCAGGACACGGAAGCCUUCUGUAGCCGGUCAGAGCCAGUCUCUCCGUGUUGUCCAGCCGAAUCAAGCCCCGCCUCCCAAAGCUUCGCCCACUUCCCCUGCUCCUCGCCAGCCACUCCCUGCCCCACCUGUCGCCCCUAUCCCUAUUGUUGCAGAAGACCAUGCGCACGAUAUGCGACGCAUGUUGGCUGCUGCUACCAAUGCGGACGAGUGCCGGUUGAUUGUCGAGAUGUUCCUCUCCAAAUCCGGUGUCAAGAGUCCUGCGACCUCUCCAACCGACGCCUACCCGUCACCUUCUGCCUCUGACUCGCUACACCAGCAACAACUAAAUUCGCUGGCGCCGAGCCCGGACGGGUUGAUGGAGCUGGCGUUGGUCGAACUGUUUUUGGGUGGAGAACGGCUUGAGGGAAGCAUUACCAAGCCGAUUGUCUCUGCUUCGUCGCAACAGAUUGCUCCUCGAAAACCCCUUCGCUCGAAAAAACGGCCCGACGGGCCCGCCUCGAGCUCGCCGCUGCCCGCCACCCCCACCACCCCCGUUUACACAUCGCCCUCUGCUGCGCCAUAUACCCCCGCCGGCCAUGGCGUGGUCGCUGAGGUCGGCGCUUAA